UUCCCAAUAGAAAAACAGAAAAAAUGUUCGAUAUUAAGGCUUGGGCCGAAUACGUCGUGGAGUGGGCUGCAAAGGACCCAUAUGGCUUUCUUACUACAGUGAUCUUGGCCCUUACACCAUUGUUUGUAAUUAGCGCAGGGCUUUCGUGGAAGCUUGCAAAAAUGAUUGAGGCCAGGGAGCGAGAGCAAAAGAAGAAACAGAAACGCCAAGAGAAUAUUGCAAAAGCCAAACGAACGAAGAAGGAUUAAAUGGGGAGGAAAAAAAAAAGGUGGCCUUGUGCAAAGAAUCCACUUUUUAAAUGAAACACUUCUACAUUUUGUGUUGUAACUGUCCUUUGAUACUUGAUCCUGUUGUUUCUUGAAGUAUGAAAUUUAAUCCCGUUGGUGUAUUUUUUCUGCUGAGAUGAUCUGUGUUAAAGUUUGCCCAAGUGACACUUGUUACAAUCAUUUAAUCUACUACUUGUGUUCUAGUGCAUGUUGGUUUUCUGAAUUUGCAUGUUAAAUUAAAAAAAAUAA